AUCUACUUCAGUACAAUGUCGGUAUUCGACAAUCCCGACCAACUGCGUAAGCUGCAAAACCUUUUAAAUCCCAGGCAGACACGUCCCGGUAUCGACAACAGCAGCAGCGAGGAUGAGGAUGAGUCCGUGGUGAGGCACACGCGAACACCCGGCAGCAUUGGUCCUCAGACAGACGCGGCAUCAGCAUCGUCUGCUAGUGCCAAGACAAAGAAAAAGAAAAAGCCCAAUCCCUUGGCCACUCCCUUGGUGGAGGAGCAAAAGAAGCAGCCUGAUACCCUUGAGGAGUGGCAAGAGCAGCAGGAACGAGAGGACACUGAUAUUCUGGAGACCAGAAAGUGCCCAGAAUACACCAUGACCUACAGCCAGGCCGUGGGUACUGAAGAUGUCUUCCUGCAGAUGGGAAAUCGUACGGGCUCAUCAGCUAGCUGCGAAAAUCUUAUUCUGGAUAUUCAUCUUCCAGAUGAGGAGACGACAGCAGACAAGAUGAAAUUGACUCUGCAGGAAAGGGAUUUGGAUCUGGCCACCGUUCUCUAUCGCCUUCGCCUGCCUCUGCCCCAUCCCGUAGAGGUGGAUCGCUGCCAAGCCAAAUACAGCACGGAACUUAGGAAGUUACGCCUAACGCUCCGCUUACGUCGGGAGCUAGAUUAUGUCAACUUUUGAAUAGAGAAGCAAUUGGAGCUCUUGAUACACACGAUACACAACACAUAUCAUGCGACAAACGAUACACGACAGAAACGCCAUUUAGCUCGACUCUCCCAACAUUAUCUUUCCUGGUAGUCAUCCCUUCUCCCCUCUCCAGUAGUUACAAAACUAGACUUUGAACUAAACAUAUCAAUGAACAAAUUUGAUGUAGUCGUGGAGCAAUCUUUCAACUAAAGUUAUAAAUGUUAAUACAAAUUUACUGUUGCACCACUGCAAUUGCAUGUUGCAGUUGCUCGUCAUAUGAUGCAAUUCGCUGGCCUUGGCAGCAUUUUCCGCAGAUCUAAAGCAAAUAUCGUGACGGUAGUGAACUUCUCGCAUUGGAAAUUUAAUUGGCGGUACUUUAGCCUCGCUCUCUAUUGUCGAGUAGCGAAUACGCCUCAUGGUUCGUGCAGUUUGGUCAAAUCACAAAAAACGCUGAAACGGGGCAUGAAGUAUUCUCCGACCUCUCCGGUUUCUCCGAUCCUUUAUGACGCUGUCAAAAAUCACUUUUGGUAAAUAUUUGUCAUGCACAGGCAGCCAGUGACAUAACAAAAGUCAAAUACAA